AUGGGGCAGAGGUUCUCGGAUUACUUCCACAGCUUUUUCAACCCAAAGAAUGUUGAUGAUUUUGUUCCGAGUGAAAUUAGAUAUGACCUCAAUAACAAGAAGUCUGAUGCAUUGGUCAUUUUGUUCAUAGGAACAGGGGAAUCUGGAAAAAGUACCUUAAUCAAGAAUAUUAGGCACUUGACCAAUCCCACGAUGUGUAACUAUGAGCUGAUCAAUAUCCGAUCCACCAUUCUUUACGGAAUGGGAAAAUGUAUUUUUUCCCUAAUGCAUCAUGUUGGGCUUGAUUUUGUUAGCACGGAUUGCACGUUAGAAGACAUUUUGAGGUUUAAAAACCGUUUCAUGCAUGAUGAGGUUCUGCAAGAGGCCUAUCGUCAACGACACUUGUUUCAUUUUCCAAUUGAGAAUUUCAUGAGCUUGUUAGACAAGAUCGAGAGUGUUUGGAAAUUGAAUAUUGGCGUUUUGGAAGAUUUAGAGCGAUAUAUGAAAACUUGUGGAGUGAUUGAGAAUGAAUUCAAACUCCCUCAAACCUCUUUGAUCUGCAUUGACACUGAGGGUCAACGAUGUGGACGUAAAAAAUGGGUACACGCCUAUCACAAAUGUGAUUGUAUAUUUUAUGUCAUUUCCUUAUCGGAAUUUAAUCAGUGUUGUUAUGAAGAUGACUGUACAUGUAGAAUGGAAGACUCAUUGGGAUGUUUUCAAAAAACUCUCAACGACCCUUUGUUUCCCUGUGACAAACCUCUGUAUUUAAUCUUUAAUAAGGUCGAUGUAUUGGAUUCCAAAAUUUCGAAUGGAUUUGAUCUUACUUGUAAAUUUCCAGAACAAACUCAGUUGAAAGGAUUUAAAAGGCACGAGCGUUAUAAUUGUAAUACAUCCCUGCAUCCAGUCGCUACAUCGUUGUAUGAUGUUUCACGCUUGGACCAUGACACUCUCUCGCAAAUAUUUUCAUUCCUUACUCCUUCAGAACUUUUCAACUGCAUGCAAGUUUCGAAAGAAUUCUUCAGGCUGGCAAGGUCUGAUUUCAUUUGGUUUCAACAAUGCAGAUUUCAACAUCCGUUUAUUUCACACAACAUGGCUAUGCAAAAUAUUGAGAUGCAUUGCUCGAACUUUGAGGAGAAGCUUCUUGAGGAGAGUUCUGUGUUUUACACCUACUACAAACGAAAAGGAUUUGUUUUGGAGAACUCAAUAGCUUUUAUGGCUGAACUUUUCAAGCAACAUAUUCCAUCUUUUGUAAAUUACCGUGGAUGCGUGGUAACCAAUGCAUUAGAUUACCGACAGACUUCUGAAACUCUGGUCAAUUUGGCUCAAGCAUUCGAUGUCAACAUUAAACUCGAUUGA